ACUUAAUCCUAAAACACGAAUACAACCCUCAAAACCCUUACACCCAAACUUAAACCUACCUCUUUCUACACGUUGCUUUCAUGGAUUCCCAAAACCCUUACACCCAAACCGAAGGCUUUGUGAACUUAUUAACUAGCCAGCUAGUUAAUGAUGUUUACACGCCUGUGAUAGAUCUUGGGUCAGCAGAAGUCCCUGUGUUUAGCACACAAACUACUGAUGAUCCAAGUUUAGGAGGGAAGAACACGCCUGAGAGAAGAAAGUGGUCGCCGAAAGAAGACGUCAUCCUCAUCAGUGCCUGGCUCAAUACAUCAAAAGACCCAGUCGUUGGGAACGACCAAAAGGCGGCAGCAUUCUGGUCGAGGAUCAUUUUGUACUACAACUCAUCACCACUGCUUGGUGAAUAUCCGAGAAGGGAAAUAGGGCAGUGCAAACAGAGAUGGGGAAGGAUUAAUGAUCAGGUGUGCAAAUUCGUUGGUUGUUAUGAGGCAGCCAUGAAAGAGAGAACAAGCGGGCAGAAUGAGAAUGAUGUAAUGAAAGCUGCUCAUGAAAUCUUUUUCAAUGACCAGAAGUUCAAGUUUGUUUUAGAACAUGCAUGGCGAGAGUUAAGGCAUGACCAGAAAUGGUGCAGAGCAACUAGUGGCAAAGACAAUGGAUCGGGGAAAAGGAAAAAGUGUGAUGAAGGUUCCACUCAGUCACCAAGCCCUGUGGAUGGUGAAAGUGAAGGUGCGGCUAGACCACCGGGAGUGAAGGCGGCCAAGGCCAAAUCCAAAAAAGCCUACGGUGGGAAAGAGGAUGGAAAGGAUCUGCUCGAGCUGCAGUCAGUCUACGCGCUGAAGAAACAAGAUUUGGAUGCACGGUCAAAGCUUGAGUCGCAGAAAACACUAAACAGUCUCUUAGCCAAGGCUGGGCCUCUAUCUGAUGUCGAAGAAGCACUUAAGAUGAAGUUGAUUACUGAGUUGCUUGCUUGAUAUGUAUGUUUUUAUCU